AUGUCGAUCAAAGGAUGUCAAUGUGCUAGAAAUAUGGAAGAUAAAGACGCAAUUCAGUGCUUUCAAUGUCAACUUGCCUUUCACCAAGACUGUGUCGGAAUAAGUAAAUCAGCUUUCAAGGUUAUCAGUUCCGUGUCCAAUAUUAAGUGGUAUUGUGAUGAAUGCAUGAAACUACUUCCUGAUGUAAAGUCAUUAAAUAAAGCUGUGCGUGAUAGCAAUGAUGCGCUCAACACUAGAAUUGACAAAAUUGAUGAAUCGAACAAUUUGUUGAGAAGCGAACUUGAAGCUAUCAAAAGUUUAAUUCAGAGAAAUGUUGGGGCGGAAAGAUUCGAUGGCACAGUUUUGAGUACUGAGCUGUGUAACCUUAAAAACGAUUUGAACAAGAGUUUUGCUGAUGCUGUCCGAUGCGAAGUGAAGAAAAAUAUUGAACUAGUUAAUGAUGAGUUAUCCAGUGAAGUCAAGGAUCAGGAUAUUAAAAGAAUUGUUAGACUGGGUCCAAAAGCUGAAACUAAAAUUAGACCGGUGCUGAUUGAAAUGAGGAGUUGUGCAAUUAAAGAUUUAGUCUUAAAAAAUUCCUUUAAAUUAAAAACUAUGCAUGAAGAUCUUGAUAAAGUAUGGAUCAGUCAUGAUUUAACAGUUGAUCAGCGUGCCGAGUUAAAAAAACUAAUUGAUGAAGCCAAAUCAAGAAAAAUCUCGUGCCCGGGUUUUUUAUUCAAGGUGAGGGGAACGGUGGGAAGGUGGCGGAUCGUCAAACUCAGAGAGCAUCCGGUGAAGUGA